AAGCCCGGAGGGGCGAAAUCGGUUGCUACGGUUUCGGUUCGCCCGGCCCAUCUUAAUGAGGCCCGGAGGACUCUGCCGCAUCCACCACGCCGCCAGUCUCGCAAGCGCCGCCUCCAUCGCCCUCCCCUGCUUUCCUCCCACAACCUUCCCUCCCCCUGCAUUCCGGUGCUUCCGUCCGGGAACUCCGCGAGCCGGUGGAGGUUCGAUGGAUUCCACUACCAUGUCGCCGCCGGGUGUCGCCGUCCGAGACCCGAAGUCGCUGGAGGAGAAGAAGACCGCAAUCCGGUGCGCCGGCUGUAGUAAACUCCAGGCGAGGAGCCCGAUCUUUUGUCCUCUACUCCCCCUUUGUUUAUGCAACCUAAGUGUUUGAUCUAUUGCCCAUUUCUUGAAACUUUUAGGUGAUUGCCGAUUUUGACGGCACGCUCACGAGGUACUGGAUUGAUGGCCGCCGUGGGCAGACUAGCCAUGGAUUGCUACAGCAGGGGAACGCGGAGUAUGAUGCCAAGAGGCAGGCGUUGUAUGAAUACUAUCAUCCCUUGGAGAUCUCGCCAACCAUUCCCAUCGAGGAGAAAACGAAGCUGAUGGAAGAAUGGUGGGAGAAGACACAUGCUCUUCUUAUUGAGGGAGGUGUUACCUAUGAUGCAAUAAAGAAAUCUGUCUCUGAGGCUACAAUUGCUUUUAGAGAUGGUGUUGUUGAGCUGUUUGAGUUCUUGGAGGAACUAGAUGUGCCUGUCCUUGUCUUUUCCGCAGGCCUUGCAGACAUCAUUGAAGAGGUUUUUAGGCAGAAACUACAUAGAUCUUUCAAGAAUGUCAAAGUUGUUUCCAACAGAAUGGUCUUUGAUGAAAAAGGCUGCCUUGUUGCCUUUAAAGGAAAGACAAUUCAUGUGCUAAACAAGAAUGAGCAUGCAUUGGAUAUGGCUGCUCCUAUUCAUGACAAAUUCAGGUAUCCUAAUGGAUAUAAUCCUGAUAGUGUCUUGAUGAAGCAAAGAACUAAUGUGUUACUUCUUGGAGAUCAUGUUGGAGACCUGGGCAUGUCUGAUGGUCUGAGCUAUGAAAACCGGAUAGCAGUUGGAUUUCUGAAUAAUAAUACAGAGAUGUCCUUCAAAAGUUACCUUGAUGCAUUUGACAUUGUAUACCUGAAUGAUGCAUCCAUGAGAGGAGUUGUUGAGCUCGUAUCUCAAUUGUGUGCAGAGAAUCAAUGAUAUAAAUACGUUAUGUGUAUGCGCUUAAUCAUGUUCUUAUCAUUACCAGCUACAUACUUGGUGGUCAUCUUUUCAAUUUUCCUCUUAUUGCUUACUUUGAGGAGAAGCAAAGUUAUCAUAUGAGAUGUUGACCAGACAGUAUAUCUUCUAGAUUAAAUGUAUAAUUUUUCUGGUACAUGAUAAUUGUUCAUAAUUUCUUGCAGUAAAUUUUCUCGGAAUUUUUUUUCA